ACUUGCCAGUUCCUACUUGCCAGUUGGUCAUAAAAUUUAAAGUGAAGCGGCGUCGGCCGUUGUUGUGCUUAAUGUUUAUUGGUUAGUUACUUUGUUUUAUGAAUUUUCUUAAACUAAUUCAAAGUGAAAUAAAAAUAUUUGGUUUACAAAAUGAUGCGGAAUCCCAAGUUAGAAGAGUUUGAAAUAGAGACGAAACCACUCAGAAAAACAGGACGACAAAAGUUUUCAGAUUUCUUUUACAAUGAUGAGACUGGAACAGUUAUGGGCAGGACUCCUGAAAGUUGGGGAAAAAUCAUCCUUUUCUACCUAAUAUUCUACGCAGCGCUCAUCGCCCUUUUCUCUGUAUGCAUGGUGACAUUCUUACAACAAUUUAUUAACCCGAGAGUGCCGCGGUUACAACAAGACGGUGGUCUGAUUGGCACAAGCCCCGGCCUCGGUUUCCGCCCAUUGCCUGAAGAUGUACGGAGCACUCUUAUAUGGUAUAAGGGCACAGGGUACGACAGCUAUAAGUUUUGGGAGGAUCAGCUUAUUGACUUUCUGUCGGUGUACAAGAAGAAAGGGCAAACGGCCGGCGCCGGUCAGAACAUAUUCAACUGCGACUUCCGCAACCAGCCGCCGCCGGGGAAGGUGUGCGACGUCGACAUCCGCGGCUUCGAGCCCUGCACCGAAGAGAACCACUUCUCGUACCACAAGUCGUCGCCGUGCAUCUUCUUGAAGCUUAACAAAAUAUUCGGGUGGCGACCGGAGUUCUACAACGAUACCAACAACUUGCCCCCAAGCAUGCCGCCAGAAUUGCAGACCAGCAUAAAGAAUAUCACUGGAUAUAACAGAGAUGCGGCCAAUAUGAUAUGGGUGUCUUGCCAGGGCGAGACCCCCACGGACCAGGAGAACAUCGGACCGAUCACAUACCUGCCUUAUCCUGGUUUCCCGGGUUAUUUCUACCCGUACAAUAAUGCUGAGGGGUACCUCAGUCCCUUGGUAGCGGUGCAUUUGCAUAGUCCAGCAACUGGUAUAGUCAUUAACAUAGAAUGUCGCGCGUGGGCAAGAAAUAUUAAAUACGACAGAAGAGAGAAGCUCGGGGUUGUCCAUUUUGAACUCAUGAUCGAGUAAACUGCCUUUAUAUACCUCCAUGACAUAUACAUUCGGUCUUUCCAGAAGAACACGGUCUUAGUAGACCAACAUAUUGAUCCUAUUUUUAUAGGUAUUUUAGUGGAAUAUUUAGAAAUAGUUUUUGACUCUAUGGAUAUUUUUAUUCCAAUCUCCUGUCGGAUUUUUUCAGUAGAACAUGUUUGUGCUUACAUAAUUUUGUUAUAGAAAAUUAUUUUAUCAUUUAUACAUAUUAUAUUUAGGUGUGGAGUUAAAUAUAGGACCUCAGUAGGCUGAGUGAAUCCCAGUAGACUAAUGAAUCUCUAUUUGUUUCACAGAUUAGACUUACAAGACAUUUCUAAGAUACCUAUAUCAGUCUAUCGUAAAUAUGAUCUGAUUUUUUUUUUUAUUUAAUUAUUUGUAAUGAAUUCUUUAUACUUUUUAUUUUUCUUUUUACUUUUAUAUAAAGUUGUUUUUUUAUGAUAUUGUAUUUUCCGAAUUCGAAAUUGCCGCCUUUAGUAAUUAUGUUUGAAAAAAAGAUUUUUUUCUAUGACAGUGCAAAAAUCCAAUUUUAUUUUUUUAUUAAGUGGACUUAUGAGGUCACAUAUAAAAUGAAAUAUAUUAUACAAUAUUUUUACAUUUGUUUUUCAAAUAAUGUAUCUCAUUGGCUGCUAUAUUUUUAGUUAUAAUUUCUCUAAAUAAUCGAAAAGGUAAUUUAUAAAAAUCCGUCCAGAUUAGUGCCUCUAAUCAAAUAGGUAGGUUAUAUAUAAUAUAUACAUUUACGACAUUACCUAUAAUAACAAUUAUAUUAUUUGUAUUGACAAUCCAUCUGUAGGUUUUAAAUAAAGGUGGGAAGACUGAGAUGGUAAAGAUAUAGUCUUAGUAUUGUGAAUUGUUGGUAAAAAUCUCAUUUUAUCUGAUGUAUCUCUCGAUUAUAAUGUUUUAACAAUACAAUUAGUACCGUCAGCAAAGACAGUCCCUGCUCAUAAAUUUAUAGUGACACAUAUUCAUUAAUAUUUUCAACCGACAUUUUCAAAAACGAAGAAGGUUCUUAAUUCGACUGAUUUUUUUUUGUUAUUUUACUCGAUAACUCUAAGGUUUUCAGCCGAUUGAGGUGAUUUUUAAUAGAAAGUUGUUGUCAUAUUCUUUAUUUCGAAGUUGGUAUCCUUGCCUGGAACGGCGGUAACCUUAUUUGAAGAAUUAUUAACAUGAAACAGCCGAAUUGUAUGACAGACUUAAAAAUUCAUCGCCUUUUUCAAUAUUUAGGGGAUUUUUUUAAGGAAUUGUAAUGUAGCCUAUAAACCCUCAAUUAUAUUCAUUCGAAAUAGUCAUAAAUAUAUCGUAAACUAUUAUAUUUAUUAAAACAUAUAGAUAAGUGGUACUUAUUCAUUCCUUUAUAAUAUUACAAAGCAUUUAGUAAACAAUGAUCGUGAGUUAGCGGGAAUAUUACCGGAUUUAAAAUAGUUUGUAUUGAUUUGUUUGUACUUAGGAUAAGAGUAAUUGUAACCGUCCAAAUGUAUUUGAAUACAUGUGCCUGAUUUUUUUUAUAAUAAAAUUAUUUGUAU